GAGCAGGAGCGAGAAGGAGAGACACGAGGGCCACGCAGACGGGCGAGUACGUCCGGAGCGUCGCAGCACUUGGCUGCUUUCUGCACAAACACGAUGGGAAACAUCAGUGGGAUUGUCUGCAGGCGUUCGCAACACAAGAAAGAGCCGUGGCGGAACAUUCUAUGGCCAUUGCGGUGCAGAUACACUCCAAACAAUUUAUGUCUCAUUCGGGACUGCCGCUCAUCCCAUCCGAGAGGCCGAUUCCCCGGAGGUGUCGUCAAGGGCGUCUCCUCUCUCUCUGUUAACUCUCUUGCAGAAACGUGUGAGCGGAGGUGCGACUGAAAUGCCAAGAGAGGUGACUGAUGGCCCCGUCAGCCUCCGAAGAGUGAAUCGUCUUCAAACCGCCUUCAGGGUCUCGCUGGCAUCUUGCUUUCAGCGUCAGUCCAUCUCAGAGCAGGCCCCAUGACUAGCGCUCUCGUGACCUGUGGACACAAACAGCGCCGCCCUUGAGCGGGAACCCAGCUGGGUCCUGCUUGCAAAUGUCAAAGCCGCAAUAGACGGAGCGCGAGGAAACGCCACAGGUUACGUGGUCACUCGUUACGAUUUGUACUGGAUCCAGGUUGCAUCAACGCACGGUGAGCCUGAUUUAGCCUUUCUCCUUCCUUCCUCAUACUGACGAUUCACUUCAGCUUUUAGUGGGCUGGCUGGAUGCGAGAGUGCAGCAGCAGGACACACACACACAAACACGCACACACGCCACCGUGUCUGCACGCUUUACUAUUAAUACGCUCGAGUCUGCGCAUGGACUCGAUGCUGGAGGGCGAGGACAAAGACAGAUUAAGCGACAGACGCCCGAAUUUGACAUCCCCGCCACCUCCUCUUCCACAUCCUCCUCCUCCAUGUGGAUGGGAGAGACACGGAUUGAUGAAGAGCGAUAGAGCACGCGCGAGAGAGGGAAAGUGGGGGGACUGCAGUACACGCAGGGUCUGGAUGUAUAACCAUGGCAACAGCAGCAGCAGCAGCAGCAGCAGUAGCGGUGCAAGCGGAGAUAUAAACAUUGCACAGGAGCGCAUCCGUCUGCAUUAAGUCACUGGAUCGUCUCACACCCUGGAUCACCGCUAAGGUGAUGACUGGGAUUAUAUCAUGUCUGAAGUCCAAGGAACAUUGGAGUUUUCCAUAGAAUUACACAAGUUUCAUAAUGUGGAUCUUUUUCAGAGGGGGUUCUACCAGGUACGGACAGGGUUGAAGGUCUCUCCUCGGGUGCUCCACAGGUUGUUAGUGACAACCCAAGAAAAUGCAGGCCGCGAAUGCAGCUUCAGCUCCCCGGGGGUGUACGACGGCACCGUAUUCAGCCGGAUAUUCCAGAUCCUCUACAGGAAUGAGGAUAUCACCGUCAACGACUGCAUGAUCUUCAAAGUGCAUCUGCUGCUGGAUGGGGAGAGGUUGGAGGAGGCGCUCAGCGAGGUGGACUUCCAGUUGAAGUUGGACCUUCACUUCACGGACAACGAGCAACAGUUGACGGACAUCGCCUCCGUCCCGUUGAUCAGCAGCCGCACCCUCAACCUCCACUUCCACCCGCAGAGAGGCCUGCAUCAUCACGUUCCCGUCAUGUUCGACUACUUCCACCUGUCCGUCAUUUCGGUCUCCAUCCACGCCUCACUGGUUGCCUUACAUCAGCCGCUCAUCAGCUUUGCUCGCACGGGAAAGGCUUCUUGGCUGGGAAAAGGUUCACCGGAGGGCACCAGCGAUCCAGCUGCCAUCUCUGUGGAAAACCUCGUGUUCGGAGCAGGGUACUGCAAGCCCAUCAUCUCCGAGGGGAGCUUUUAUGUGCCCAGUGAGGACUGCCUGCAGAGAGCGCAUACAUGGCACAGGAGACUCUGUCGCCUCCUGCUGUCGGCCCGCGGUGGUCUCAGCAGCUACUGCACGGCACUCCUCAAGGAGGUCCCGCAGCUGCAGCACAUACAGGCGGACACAGAAGCCCUCCCCGUUGAAGAGAUGCUCAAUCAGCUCGCAAUAGAGUUGCAGCUGCAGGAAGGCCACGAGAAGGUGGCCGAGCAGAUCAGCAGCGACGUGGGCCACCUCUGCGCGCAGUUGGCCGCCCUGUGGAGUCGCUUCCUGGAGGCGGCCGUGCUCAACCCCCACGUCCUGUCCUACUUGGCCCAGGAGCACCACACGCUCAGGGUGCGGCGGUUUUCAGAGGCCUAUUUCUUCACAGAGCACCCCAAAGAGACAUCCCUGACGUUUCAAGAGGAACCAAUCAACAGACAGGGCCAGAUUGCUGCAGAAGUGCGAUGCUCAGACUACUUGGCCAAGAUGCCUCCUUUACCUGUCGAGUGCCUGGACAUUGAUGGCGACUGGAACAGUCUUCCCAUCAUCUUCGAGGACAGAUAUGUGGAGUUUUCUCAAUCAGAGUGGUUACCCCAUGUACCGGUUCAUGCAACGUCCGACGAUCAUACUGACCCGGGAGCAAUCCUGGCAGCCAACAGGACUCACCUAAGUAGCCUGAGAGCCAAAUGUUUUGAAGUGUCCCAGGAUCCUUCGGAUAGUGACGACUGCAUGGAUUUGACCACCUACGUGUCGCUUAUAGGAAAACAGAGAAAGACCAACUGUAAACAUUCUCACGACUCCAUUCCAAUGGAGGAAGGAAUUGAACGACAAGUUGGAGAUCCGCAGGAAUCGAACGAUGUCUCAUUAGUUGAGGAAAGCUCGAGUUCAGGUUUGGGAAAAUCGGCUGAACCCGAUUCUUGUAGAACAGAAGAAAUUAUAAAUCAUGGGAAUGCGCAUCUUGUCCCAGAAGAUCGCGCUAACCAUUAUGAUGCCUCAAAGGACAGCAUUAGCCAAAAAAGUGAGGACAAUGAGUCUGAUAAUUCUAUGCCAAUAAAUCACUUCAUGGCUGGCCAAAGUGAAGAUGCCCCGGUUAGCAACCCUGCGGUCUCCGCACAUUCAAUUUCAUCUUUCUCUCCCGGUGGUCUCAGAAAGGAGAAGCGACACCGAGGAGGUCCAGCCAUCUCGAAAAUCAUAAAGCGCUCGUCCUCGGUCAUUUCCGACUCAGGUAUCGAAAGUGAGCCCAGCUCUGUGGCGUGGCCCGUUGAAGCAGCGCUGCGAGGUCGACCCCCUUUGGAUUUCUCCAGUGAACGGGAGAUUCCACAGCAAAAAGUAUUUUUACACCCGGUCCUUCGCAGUUCCUUGGAGGGCCUGCAGAUGGAGAGCAACGGCAGCCUUCCGAGUGGUGGCAUACAGGCCUCGUUGACGUCGAUAAGCUCCCUACCUUAUGAGGACGAGCGGGAGCAGAGCCACAGCGGCAAAUUAACCAAAUCCAUGUCUGCACCGCAGAUCAGUAGCCCAGAUGACAACGAAGAGGACUGCGCACCUCCAAUACAGGAAGUACAAGCUCCAAACGGUCUUACCCGACACCAACAUUCUGAUCAAAUGCCCUUUUCUUUGAACUCAGAACAGUCAGAAUCAUCGAUUUUAGACACAAGUUCAAUGACAAACAUUAGUAGUGAAGGGACUGUCAGUUCUGAAAUGUCAAAUCAUCCCCAAAAUGUUUUAGAGACCCACGAAUCCAGGUCACUGCUAAGUUGCAAGUCUGUGGAGGGCCCUCACGUCAAGGAGAGUCCUGUUAUGGUGUCCCAUGGGGAGAAUGUGAAUCAGAACAUCAGCGGUCUAAGUGUCUCUGUGAAAGAUGUGCAUCUUGCGGGUUUGGAAGCACUCCCCUGCAGUCCUGGACACAAGCCAAGUUCUCAUAAAAGUGCGAUGGACCCGCAGAGUGUCAUCAAUGUCAAUGAGUGCCAAAGUCUCCACCAGACUGAACUUCAUAACCAGGAGUCCAGAGGAUUACUUCUACAACUUGAUUCUUCGGGAUAUUCACAAGAUCGUGACCUCACCAGGCUGACAACCGACGAGCCAAGCUCACGCGCUGACCGCAACGGGACAUCGGCCGGCGGGAACGAGACCGCCGAGGACCAGGCGAAGCUCACCAAGGAGCCCAACUCUGGGCUGGCCUUUGUCAAUAAGAAGAUGGUGGAGGUGGUGAACAUGUCGGUGUCCUGCGCCCCCACCUGUCUGCCUUUUUCCUCUGUUCUAAGAGACUCUCCGUCCAUGAGUGGCAUGUCCACUCGCCAGACUACCUCACCCAUCACCAAUCAGCCGCUGGGCUCCUUUGGUAUCAUCUCUUCGACGUUAGCCAACCAUCUCGGCAUGGACCACGAGACCAACGAACGCAUGCUGAGUUUCUUCAAAGCCAAGGAGGAGCUGUUGACAGGCAUGAGCUUCCAUGGCGGCCUAUAUAGCGACCUCCCUCUGCUAGCAUCUGACCUGCCCUACUUCCCCCCCGAGGAGGACGACGAGGAGUUUGACGACGGCAUACACCUGGUGGUGUGUGUGCACGGGCUGGACGGAAACAGCGCAGACCUCCGCCUGGUGAAGACGUUCAUCGAGUUAGGCCUGCCAGGAUCCCGACUUGACUUCCUCAUGUCUGAAAGAAACCAGAUAGACACUUUUGCUGAUUUUGACACCAUGACCGAUAGGUUGCUGGAUGAGAUUAUCCAGCACAUCCAGCUGUACAAUCUCACCAUAGGCAGGAUAAGCUUCAUCGGCCACUCUCUGGGGAACGUCAUCAUCCGCUCGGUGCUGACCAGGCCUCGGUUCCGCUGCUAUCUCCCCAGGCUGCACACGUUCCUCUCGCUGUCCGGCCCCCACUUGGGCACCCUUUACAACAACAGCACGCUGGUCAGCACAGGUUUGUGGUUAAUGCAGAAGCUGAAGAAAUCCGGAUCGCUGCUGCAGCUCACCUUCAGAGACCACACGGAUCCACGGAAAACCUUCCUUUAUCUCCUGAGUCAGAAACCGGGGCUCCAUUUCUUCAAGAAUGUGGUGCUGGUGGCGUCUCCACAGGACCGCUACGUUCCCUUCCACUCUGCCCGGAUAGAGAUGUGCAAAACUGCUCUGAAAGACAAAACCACCGGGCCCGUCUACACGGAGAUGAUCAACAACCUUCUGCAGCCUCUCGUGGAGGCCAAAGAUUGCCGGCUUAUCCGCCAAAACGUUUUCCACGCGCUGCCCAACACGGCCAACACGCUGAUCGGACGAGCCGCCCACAUCGCCGUCCUGGACUCUGAACUUUUCCUGGAGAAGUUCUUCUUGGUAGCGGGACUGGACUACUUCAAAUAACGGUGCUUUUUGACCCUAACCCUAACCCUAACCACCAUGUAGGAUUAUCCUCUUUAUGUACAGUGCAUAACCUUGUUAGGAACCAGGAGAAUCUUUGUUCGUUAGGAUGGUUAGCGAUUGGUGUGUCGUGACAAGUGCUCACCCCGAUGGUGUGAGUGUGACUAGUAGCCAUGCAAAAUUGUAACAUAAACACUGUAUGUAACAUCUAUCCAACAUAGAUGCUUUGUUGGCCUUAUGAAUAACCUCUCAGCCACAACACUAACACACGCUAGCCGCGCCGCGUUUCCCUUCCGUCGCCGUCCGUGUAGCCGCUUCAUGCACAAACGGAUCCUUUCAAAUGCAAGGACAUUCGAAGAAAUCUUGGAAUAAUGUUGAAAGGUUUUUUUUUUUUUUAUUUUUUUGGUCAUCUUCUUGCUUUAUGUAGCAUUAACCAUAGCUCUCUAACGGUCUUCGUCAAACUUGACCAAAAUGAUUUGGGCCAGAAUUUUUGAUACUGAGCUUGAUUCAGAUAUUCGAAGGCGGGUUAACUCCUCAACUUAUCCCGGCUCUUUAUUUCCCCCCUUCAGCCCUAACCCUCUUUUGUAAUGCAUACAUAUCUCAAGCAAAAAUGACUUCAACUGAUCCAGCACAUUUUCUUUGGACAUAUUUUUUCCCUUGUUAUCAGACGUCGUCAAAAGAUAAGUCAGUUUAUUGUUUUUUUUUUACGUUCUCAAGGCAAUAUGCUAACAUGCACAGAGCUAAAACAGCGCAUUAAAAAUAUGUACCCGACCAGGCAAUGUAACCUAAACUCAGCUUACACUUUACUAAACGAAUGGACACAGCUUAACAAGUGCAGUAUAUUUAUUUGCCCAUGUGCAAUAGUACUUAAAAUAAUUUUAUAGGCGAUACACUGUAAGCUAAUGUUUUGUUCCAAUUGUGCUGCAUUAAAUAGACAUUACAAAUACAUAAAAACAGUUUGAAGAAAGUCCACAAAGCAAGAUGCACACGGAUGUGCUUCGGUGGGUGGAUGUUAAUAAACCUGAGAGCCCUGACCUCAACCCCCCCCCCCCCCACACACACACACACACACACACACGCUCCGAAAUUUUGUAAAUAGUCUUCUCAGAAGAGCGGAAGCCGUUGUAGCGACAAAUAUAUUUUCUUCUAUUUUUCAAUGGUGUCCCAAUCUAUUUAUCUAUUCUCCGUAAUGUCCUUUUUUUUUCUUUUCUUCAUUUUGUUGAUAAAGUUUACAUGAAAUCAUUCAGAUCACUGCCUGUUGUCCUGGAGAGAUAAAAGUGGAAAACGCGGAGCUCAUGUAUGUUCAACCUUUGCACAAGGUUGACAGCAAGUGCACUUUAUUGACAACUUUAAGUCAACAUGCAGCGGGCUUGAGGAAAAUCUAUUCUCCCCCCCCCCCCCCCCGCAGCGCGCAGUCGUGUGUUUGCCUUUGACUGUUCGCCACCUCCCCGAUGGAUGAAGGUCGCGACCCCACCCUCGCAUCUUCUCAGCUGGCUGCGCUUUUCGGUGAUGACGGUGCAAAGUUGGAUUUUCUGGCCGCGAGAUUAAGCACGUCGUCGUGACUGAUUAGAAUUGAACGCAUGCCAAAUGAUGUAAGAACAGCGGACAUUUUUCUUUUUUAAGUAGAACCUUCAUAGUAAAAGAAUUAUCAGUAUAAUUUUGACUUUUUCUUGACAUUUAAAAAAAAUACGCCUUAAAAUUUGAAGUUGACUUUUUCUUUGCUCAUUUAUUCUGAAGCAUACCAGUGAUAAAAGAAAAGUGACACUUGCGACAUUGCUAGGAAGCAUCCGGCCUGCUCGGCACAAAAGGAGCCAUGAAAUCAAUAAAAUGAAUUAAUUAAAACAUGGCCGGUUUGCCGUCACGCCUGUGUGAAAAGCUGUUCUUUGUCUGCCCUAAACUGGAAAUCCCUUCAUACUUUUAAAUGAAUGUAACAAAAAAAAAAAACAACAACUGUCUAACAUCACUGUGAGAAACGUGUAUUUCAUCCCACUUAUUUUGAAGUGUAUAAUAUGUAAAGUACAAAGAAAACUACUUUCUGUGCCAAUACUACUAAACAGA